GUGACGGUAGUUGGUAUCAUAUUUUGCGUAAACUGUAAAGCCCCUUUGCUUGUGAUUCUGUGAAUAUGUCGACGCCUUCGUCAAACCCUGCAGGUGUUGCUGCUCCCGUUACGAAAGUCACAUCGAAUGAAGAAGAUUUACGGGCCGAACUUCGGUCCGUCAUGCUCAAAUUACGGAAACGUGAACCGUUAGAUCCAACUUAUAAGAGACUAUUGAUGAAUGGCGUUGUGACACCACGCCGCCCGGUUCUCCCUAAAGGACGCAUCUACAAACGCGUUGGAACCCGCCUCCGAGAACGCGUCGAAAAUUAUAUCGAACAAAAUCGAGGUAAGGACCUCUAUGAUCGAAUUUCUCAGCGUCAGCCAUUGGAAGAGGAUAAAAUGCGUGCUGCGUUGACUCUUCGAGAGGCCAAAGAUCAUGAGCAACAGGCGCUUUUGGAAGCCACUCUGUCCUCGUUGCCUCGACGAAAUGGUAUGGAUGAAAUGAGUCGUCGACGGCACAUGGAAGGAAUUGCUAUGGGCUUGCAGAAUCGCGAGAAAGUCCCUCCGAGAGCAUUCACCCCUGUUCCCACUACUGCUGCCGAGCAAAUAGAAGCAGCUCGACAGCAAGCUGAGCUGGAACAAAAGCGCGAGCAAGCGCGCGCGCAAGAAGAAACACGUCGCAAGCGAGAGGAUGACGAUCGUCGUCAAAGAGAAGAAGAGAUCGAGCAACGUCGAAAUACUGUUGAGACUCCUCAACAAGCACUACGGAGAAUCUACUACCCUAUCUUCAAAAAGCUUUGGGAUAUGGAUUUCCCUCAUUUGGGAGGUAUCAAUCCUUUUCGAAUUGUUAUCGAUCGAGAAAACUGUGCUUCGGUUGGCGCUCCUGACUAUUUCGAUGUUAUUGAGACACCAAUGAAUCUGUCGUACAUUCAACAAAAGGUAGACAGUCUGACAUACGAAAAUCUUGGAGGCUUCUUUUCGGACGUGGAACUUAUGCUGAAAAACGCCUUGAAAUACAACAGUGAUCCCAGUAACCCUUAUCGUAUUGCUGCCGAAGAAAUGCGGAAGAGGUAUCUGAAAAUGGCAAAGAAGGUAAUGGCCGUCCUGAAACAGAACCAGCGCCGUCAGCCGAGCUAG